GAUCGAGAGAUUGCCUGUUGGUCCUUGUGCUCUGGCUGUCGCAGCAACAAGCAAGUCUAUAAAAGCUGUUUACUAGCUAGCAAUACAGCCAUCAGAGUAUUAGUAUUAGUAAUAAUGACGGAACCAAAGAAGCAUGCUGCUCUCAAGCGAGUGUUGUCCGACAUUCCAGAGCCCAAACAACGGUCGGGGUUGGCGGGAGCCACUGUGAACCUGACGAAUGCUAUUGUGGGAAGUGGCAUUAUAGGAAUUCCCUUUACGAUUCGAGAGAGCGGACUCGUACUGGGGUUGUUGUUACUGUUGUUGGUAUCGUAUCUGGCCACUCGCUCACUACGCAUGAUUGUGGAAACGGCCAGUUUCCAUCCCCAACUGAAACUGGUCGGAGUGAAAACCUAUGAGGAUCUCAUGUUCAUGCCGUUUGGGAGCGUCGGCAGCAUGUUUAUUCUCGUCAACAAGUUUGUCUUUGCCUAUGGCUGUAUGGUGGCCUAUUUGCUCAUUAUUAAGGAUACCGUUCCCGUGGUAUUGGGAUUGGAUAGUAAUAAUGACCAAACCCAACGACAACUCAUCAUGGUCGCGACGAGUCUGUUCGUCAUGUUACCGCUGUCGUUGAUGCGAGACAUGGCGUCCUUGGCAUGUACUUCCUUGCUCUCUGUGGCGGCCGAUGUCCUCUUGAUUGUUUUCAUGAUUGUCUACAGUCCCGUUGCCGAGACGGUUGAUGCCAACGGAGGAUUCGGACAAGUAUUAAAAGACAAUGCUUUUAAUAGUCAUGUCUUUAUCGGUCUUGGUAUUAUCAGUCAGGCCAUGACGUGUCAUCCCCAAGCGCUCAUGAUUCAUGGAUCGCUCGAUGAUCCAACCUCACGCAAUUGGGCCACUGUCACGCAACAGUCCCUGGGAAUUGCCUGGUUGCUUUGCACAAUCAUGGGAAUUGUGGGAUUUCUCGGAUUCCUCGAUCAAACGCAGGGAGACAUUCUCAACAAUUUUGCCUCUGCUGGGUCGGUUGCCGCCAAUGGAUCGCGAGGUCUCGUGGCCAUUACCAUGAUUUUCACCUAUCCGAUGCAAGCCUUUGUGGCACGACAUGUCGUGGCCAAACUAUUGUUCAAUGGAGACUCGGAAGGAGAUCUACAUGUACCCAAAUGGUGUUUUUGUGUGGGACGACGAGAACUAUUGACAUUGACAAUCUACAUUGCCACGCUGAUACCCGCCUUGAUGUUUGAUGACUUGGGUCCCGUUCUUUCCAUUACCGGCGCCAUUGGUGGUAGCUGUUUGGCAUUUAUUGGACCUGGACUCAUUUAUUUGGGGGCACACGGAUCUUACUUUAUCGAGUACACCAAUGAAAUGAUGUACAAACGCAAGACAGAAAUUCCGACUACUACGGAACUCCCGGCCGAAGGAGAUGCCAAGGCACAAAUGGCCACAACCACGUCGCCCAGCAGUGGCAAUGGAAGGACACCCUGGUGGUGGUGCUUGGUACUCAUGCCAUUGUGGCGCUCCAUUGCAGCUUCCGGAAGCGAGGGGAUGAACCAAAAUUUACAAGCACUGGAAGAAGAGUCUCCAGGUUGUACCACAGUCGCACCCACGGGAGAAGUUAUUGGACCGAUGAAUGGGGACUUUUACCUGGCCAUGUUUCUAAUUGUGUUUGGUGUGGUAGCCUUGGUAGCGGGUGUUGCGACCAAUAUUUACGUACAGCUCGUCGUCUAAGCAAGCAAGCAACAUCGGCAUGAUCGGCAUGAUACAGAAACCCAUGAAUGGCAACAGGUUUUGAGUCUCCCACUCGCAUUGGACGCGAUAACCAGCUUGCUUGAAGCAGCAACCAAGCAUUCGCAGACACAUUCGUCUAUGGAUGGAUGCGAGCCACAAAACAGCCGCAGAUAGCCACAUUGCAAUCAACGCCACAGAUUCUACAGUACCGUAAGCAUGCGACUGUAGUCAACAAAAUUAAUCAUGGAAGGCAACCAGGGCUGCAAAAUAUUCCUGCCAGUCAUGCAUUUUCCAUUUGCUACAAUCUCUGUUCUGUUUUUAUUAUGAUGGCAAUGAUUUGUUCAUUACCAAUUUAACAUACUAACUAACUGGUCCAGGUCUCAAUGCCAUCAUUACAUCAUUA